AUGGGUGGUGCAGUCAACGCGGUCUUGACCACACAAGCACGCCAAUGGAAGCUCCCUGAGCAGUCACAGUCGGAAGACGGACUGGAAAAUUUUCAUGUUGAGGGCAAUGAAGACGAUGUCUUCAGCGGUCACCGAAUGGCGCUGCUUUGGGAAGAACGAGAUGGCAAGACUAGAGGCAUUUCCGGCACCCAUCACGUAUUCCGCGGUUCCGAAGGCCUUCAAUCACAUGCACUCCAGACCAUUGGUCACUUGGAUGAAGCCGAAGCUGUAUUGCCGAUGACCAUGAUAUACGACUCCAAGAACGCGACUAUCAUGUACCAGUGCUCGGAGAAAGAUGCCGUGCGCCACGGCAUUAGCCUGGACUUCUCUCUAGUGGCACCCGACGAUGAAGUCAAUCUUUUGUCUAAUCGUUCCGAAGUGGUACAUUUGGAACCUACGCUGGGUGGAUUGCUCCUCGAUUUCCCAACAUCGAGGUACUACCAUUACUUCCACAAGCUACUGUUCGAGGACGAUUCAGUUCAUGCAAUCGUAAGAAAGCUGUGCUGCCUCAAGGUGUCUGAAUCCACGGGUAGUGCAUCGCAGAACGAAGCCACGCUACUGAGGCGUUCACUAUACCGCAGCGCUUUGAUCCUGAAGGCGCGGCGAGACGUUCAUCUCACUCUGGGCGCAGACAUUAUACCCCAGGACGCCAUCGAGGACAAUCGCAAAUGUGCACGCAAAUACAUCCGAAACAUGUCAGGUGUGGAAGUAGAGAAGCGACUCGAAAGAUACGCACAGGAUCUCAGCAACACGUUCCAUUCUUAUGGAGAUCUGAUUCCAACCAAAAUUCUACAAUCCAUGGCAACAACGAUCGAGUUAGGCGCUGUCGAAGCUACCGCUAAUGGCUUCAUCGACGAGACCUGUGUCUUGAUCUCCCUUCCCUCCUUUGUUGUAGCCCUCGGCCAAGCUUUGAACGGGCCUAAAGCAGCCCAAAUGGAAUCGACUCCGCAAAUCGACGGGCUCGAUCUCCAGAUAUACCGAACAAGGUGUCUUUAUUUGUUCUGGUGCGCGGACUGGUUGCUUGAAUACCUCAGGACAGCGAAGCAGGGAUUCUGCCCGAUGGAGGUCGAGGCUGUAUACAUCGCAUACGUACGGAGGAACCUCAAGCUCAUGGCGUCGAAGUUGCUGAGAAACUGGGUGGCCUGGGGCAUGUUUGUGGAGACAAUCUCGGGGGCGUAA